AUGGACAAGGAAACACUCCGCAAGCAGAUUGAAAACAUGCGAUACCAGGCAAUGAUGGAGCGUUGGCCACUCUCCAAGUCCAUCCAGGCUCUGCGAGAGUACAUCGAGGAGAACGAGCCUCAGGAUCCUUUGAUCCACACCCCGGACAAGAAAAACAACCCAUGGGCUGAAAAGGGAAAAUGUUCCAUUGUGUGA